AUGAUUUCUAACACUGAAUACUUCUCGAGUUCAGAGGCAGCAGAGGGCGUUGAGGGGAAAGUACAGCCUGGGGUCAUCCCUCCCAAACCAGCUGCACUUCAGUCUCAAACCUGCAGGAGACACUGGUUAAACAGUCCACGGGUUUGGCUGCUCCACUAUGAUUGCUCUCGGGAGAGAAGAGAGAGAGGAUGGAGGAGGGGGAAAAAGAAGGUGGUGAAGCUCAGUGCCCAGUCAGGAGUGAGCAGUUCUUUCACUGCCUUCAUUGCUGUCAAUGAAAACAGUGGUGAAGCGAUUCAAGGACCUCUGGUGCGCAGAGACGUUCCAACACCUGUUCACAGUGCUCCUAAACGCAUGGGACGCUUCCAAGGGUUAUUCUCUAAUAUGAAGAUAAAGCUGGGUGGAUCGCAAAAACUUGUUCAAAUACCUACUCUUGCUACUUCCACAGGUAGUGUUAAUGCUCUUCCCGUGAAGCGUCGCGCAAUGACUGCAACUUAUUCAGGUGUUGGUGAGUAAAAGUUUAGUGUUUUACGUAGCUUCAUUGUAACAAUAUUACUGCAGACUGUGGCUGAAUAUUGAAUGGUUUAUUAGUAAAGAAUACAUCCUUACUGUCUUUAUUC